UUCUGUUUAUCUAGUUUAUGGUACGACAUGGCGGAGAAAAGCAAGGAGGAAGAAUUCAUGAAAGAAAAUAUUCUAAAUUUCAACAAUGAGAGGCGAAGUAGUAAACAGUGGGUGAAACUUAACGUUGGGGGAACAUAUUUUCUAACUACUAAAACUACGUUGUCUAGGGAUCCUAAUUCAUUUUUGUAUCGAUUAGUUCAAGAGGAUAGCGACUUGAUUUCAGACAGGGACGAGACCGGAGCUUACCUAAUAGACCGAGAUCCCACGUACUUCUCACCGGUGCUAAAUUACCUCCGUCACGGUAAACUGGUUAUCAACAAUGAUAUCGCUGAAGAGGGGGUUUUAGAAGAGGCAGAAUUUUAUAACGUUACGGAGCUCAUUAGAUUAAUUAAAGAAAGAAUAUGUCUCAAAGAAAGACGACCAACGAAAGAUUCUAAAAAGCAUGUGUAUAGAGUUUUACAAUUUCACGAGGAAGAGCUGACUCAGAUGGUGUCCACUAUGUCGGACGGGUGGAAGUUCGAGCAGUUGAUAAACAUAGGGUCCCAGUACAACUACGGCAGCGACGAGCACGCGGAGUUCCUGUGCGUGGUGUCGCGCGAGUGCGGCAGCACGCCGCUGCCCGCGGGCGAUGUGGAGCCCACCGACCGCGCCAAGGUGCUGCAGCAGAAGGGCUCGCGCAUGUGAGGGCGAGUGCGCGCGCGCCGCCGCCGCCGCUGCCGACGCCGCAGACUGCUAGUGCCAGUGUGAGAUGACUCUGUAAAUAGUUAUUCUAGUGUGAGCAGUCUGACUUUAAAUUUAAUGUUUAUUCAAUUUUCUCUUUUGUGUAAAGAUGUAUCGUGGGGAAAGCCAAUUUAUGUGGCCAUUCAACUGAGAAAGUUUUUAUGUGUAUUUGGGAGGCUGUUUUAUCUUUUGGCUGUUUAUACAUUUAAUGUAAUACUUGUUUUUUUAUAUGUUUUCAUUUGAUAAGUCAAUUAGGUAAUCAAAAAAUUUCAGUUUAUUUAUUUAGUGUAUAUUAGAUAAAUACUCAGAAGAUGAUGAAGUCAUGUUGAGUCUCACAGUCUGUAGUAAACAAUAGGUGAAGGAUGACUGAAUGCUGAUUGAAGUUCAAAUAAAAUUUAUACCGCCGCCGCGCCACUCCAAUAGGAACAAUGUUUUAUACUAUAUGAGCUAAAUGUAUUUUGAUCCCUAGAAUUUGUAAAUUUUUCUUAUAAGGAACCAUAAGUUGUAAAUAGUACCUAUAUUGAUGUAUUUUAUAAAUCCCACAAAAGAGAAAUGAAGCUCAUUGGCAAACAUGGAUUAAUGAUUAUACACCAAGAACCCUAUUUGAAAUUGUUUCAUUUGUAAAACCUAUAAUACUGCACUGUACUGUAACAAAUGACUUAUUGGUCAUUAUGUAUUAGUCACGCUAGAGAAUGAGUUGUCUGUAUCUAAGCAAAGCUAAGCAAUAAAAAUGGGAAGUAAAAUUAGUUGGUAUAAGUAUUAUGUAAGAUGUAAGUAUAUAAUUUUUUUGAUCCUACAUGUUAUAGUUUUAUAUAAAAAGUAAAAUGCUAUAGAUAUUAAUCUCAGUAAUGUAAUAAGUGCACUUAUUGCAGUUUUACACUGAAGCUGAAUUGUAAUAAAAUCUGUUUAAAUCAUAGUUCAGAUUAGAUUAUGGUAAAGAAUGUAACCCAUUCUGAAGGCACCAAAUGAAUAUUUAGCUAAAUCGACUCUGUGUACGCUAUUAUAACUUUUGUAAAUGUAAUGUAUUGUACCUUUUUUCCAAGAUUUGAAAGUGCUGAAAUAAUUUAAUGUGCCUUCAGAAUCGUUCCAAUUAUGUACUUACUACAUAAACAUGUUUAAUAUAUACAAAACACCUUAAUUUUUGGUUACCUUUAUUUCACUGAAUAAGUAAACAACUUUGACUGAAAAUGUAAUAUGAUUUGACACGCCUUGAUAGUCAUCGCUUAAAUAUUAAUUAAAUGUAAUCACAAUUACUUUCUAAGUUAAUCAAUUUCAUAACUACAAUAUAUAUAAAUCUUUAA